UUCUCCUUUAACUGUAAACCGUGCUCGCUGAAACGUUAUUUCGCGAGAUUUGCUUGGCGCCGCGACCUCAUGUGAGACACCUCCUGUGAGAAUCAGUCCGACGGUAUAUCUGCAGAGAGAAACGGAACGGAGCCGCGAACGUUUUUCAUUUCUUUCUCUUCUGUCCGCUGGAAAAUAAUAUCUGUCUAAAUACUACUCAAUUUACUGUUUAUUUAAGGCAUAACAGGGCGGUACAACGAUGUGGAUCCAGGUUCGUACUAUAGAUGGGAAGGAGACGCGAACCGUUGAGGAUCUUUCUAGAUUGACCAAAAUCGAGUCUUUACGGUUGAAAAUACAGGACAUCUUCAAUGUAAGCCCACAACAACAGCGCCUCUUCUACCGAGGGAAGCAGAUGGAAGAUGGCCAGACACUCUUUGACUACAACGUGGGUCUCAACGACAUCAUCCAGCUGUUGAUUCGCUCUCAGACUGACCCUCCGGACAGCCCUGCCACUAAGGACUCCUCUGGUGUUGCCUGUAGUUCAGUUCCUCCCCUUAACUCCAAGUCUGAAAGCCACAACUCUGCAGCUCCAGCCUCCCUCACUGCAAUGGAAACCUCCACUAAUAUAGACAAUGACAGCAGCAGCAGUGUCACUACCAGCAGUGUUAAUGAAGCUAAGCCAGACACCAGCACUACCAGUAACUCAACCAGUACCAAAAAUGGGUUCAGGUCAUCCAGUCCGACAUGGGACACCCAGCCUCCUACAUCAAGCAGAAACACACUAAUCGACCCAGGAAUUGGUGUGUACAAGAUUAACGAGCUGGUGGACUGCAGAGACGUCAGCAUCGGUGCCUGGUUUGAGGCUUGCGUUGAAAAUGUUACACGCACACCCAAAGGACAGAUAACACCCACCAAGGGCAAGGUGGGUCGGCCCCCAAAAAGGACUAAUGGAAAGCUGGAGGCUGAGCAGGGACAGGCCCACAGCCAGGGGCAAACCACGGACAGUAACAGGAAUAAUGUUUUGUUGAGCUCAGAGAGUAAUGGAGCCUCCACCUCUCACACAGACUCUACAGCAGCUACAGAGAGCAAGGAGAGAGAAGAGGAUGUCAUUUACCACAUUAAAUAUGACGACUAUCCAGAGAAUGGCGUGGUAGAGAUAAGACCGGUGGAUGUGCGGCCACGUGCGAGGACUUUGCUGCGGUGGGACCAGCUCCAGGUGGGCAUGCAUGUGAUGGUCAACUACAAUAUGGAGACACCAGAGGAGAGGGGCUUCUGGUUUGAUGCAGAAGUUCAGACCCUCAGCCAGACCUCCCGCACCAACAAGGAGCUGCGAGUCAAGAUCCUCCUGGGGGGUCCUGGAGAUGUGAUAGGGGAUUGCAAAGUUCAAUUUCUGGAUGAAAUCUACCAGGUGGAGAAACCAGGAGCUCGCGCACUCUCGGCCGCAGAUGGACAGUUUAAACGUACGAACGGCCCAGAAUGUAAGCACUGCAAAGCUGACCCUGAUGCUGAGUGUCGCUUCUGCUCCUGCUGCGUGUGCGGUGGGAAGCAGGAUGCUCACAUGCAGCUGCUGUGCGACGAAUGCAACAUGGCGUUUCACAUCUACUGCCUCAACCCGCCACUGGCCACCAUCCCAGAUGAUGAGGACUGGUACUGUCCCACCUGUAAGAAUGACACCAGUGAGGUUGUGAAGGCAGGAGAGAAGCUCAAAGCCAGCAAGAAAAAAGCCAAGAUGCCUUCGGCAACAACUGAGAGUCAGAGGGACUGGGGAAAGGGUAUGGCUUGUGUGGGGCGAACANNNNAGUGUCAAUAUAAUGUCAGUGAGGUAUAUGCUGCUGUUUUAUGUUGUUGGCAUUCUUUAAAUCUUUCAUCCAUUCAGGUGAGCGAGGCAGGCGUUCACCGGCCACAUGUGGGCGGUAUCCACGGACGCAGCAAUGACGGCUCCUAUUCGCUGGUGUUGGCUGGGGGCUUUGAGGAUGAAGUGGACCGGGGAGAUGAGUUCACCUACACAGGCAGCGGAGGUCGGGACCUCUCAGGAAACAAACGGAUCGGAGAGCACUCUUUUGACCAGACUCUGACGCACAUGAACAGGGCAUUGGCCUUAAACUGCGAUGCACCUCUGAAUGACAAAGAUGGGGCAGAGUCCAGGAACUGGCGGGCAGGAAAGCCAGUGAGAGUGGUGCGUAGUUCCAAAGGUCGGCGCAUCAGCAAAUAUGCUCCUGAGGAGGGAAACCGCUAUGAUGGCAUUUACAAGGUUGUAAAGUAUUGGCCAGAGAUUGGCAAGUGUGGUUACCUGGUGUGGCGGUACCUGCUGAGACGAGACGACUUGGAACCAGCACCAUGGACACCUGAAGGACUGGAGAGGAUAAAAAAACUGGGCCUUGCCGUUCAGUACCCACCAGGAUACUUGGCGGCUAUGGCUAACAAAACAAAGAAGGAGGCCUGUGCCAGACCUGGUCGUGGCGGCCGGACUAAGCACUAUCCAGGGAGGGGAAGGCCACGGAGACAACGCAAGCUCAAGGAGAAAGAGGAGAAUGAGCAGCCAAUGGCCAGUGUGGAAGAGGAGGGGCCACAAAGUAAUGGAGAGCAGAAGACAACCGGAGAUUGUGAAUCGUCACCAGCAACAGAGCCUCCCUCUAAACGGGUGAAGAUAGAGGAGACCUUCCAGCUGUCUGAGCAGCAGCAGCAGUUGAUCCAAGAGGACACAGCCAACAAGAAACUCUGGGAUGAAGCCAUGGAACACCUUAAAGAGGGACCGAAUUUUCUGCGCAAGAUGGAGCAGAUCUUCAUGUGUGUGUGCUGCCAGGAGCUGGCCUUCCAGCCCAUCACCACUGUCUGCUUGCACAAUGUUUGCAAGACUUGUCUCCAGCGGUCGUUCCGAGCGAAGGUGUACACUUGCCCCGCCUGCCGUCACGACUUGAGCAAGGACUACGUUAUGACCCAAAACAAGACACUUCAGAUGCUGCUUGACCAGUUCUUUCCUGGCUAUAGCAAGGGUCGAUGAGGUUGAAAUCACAUUUAUACGUACAUAGACGCACAUAAGCAUCCAUUCUGUGCACCCUUGUAUACGGUCACGUACCUAGAGCUCCACUUUAAAAUGUAUUGCGCACACAUACUGAACUUAGCCAUAUGCAAAUUUAUAUUGCAUAUACAGCCAUUUAUGUAUACAAUCAUUCAUACACAAACAACCUCAGUAGGGACUGACCUCAUCUGUUGAACUUGGACUGUCUGCAUUAACACCACCAGCCUGAAAUUCAACCAAGGACAUUUUUACCCUCUUUACUUCUGCCACACAAAUGCACAAACGGAGUCUCAACUUGUACUCCAACUUCCCAGCUCAAACAUAUUAGCUCAUUUUAUAGUUUUUCCUUCCACUGUGUUGUCCACUGGGUCCAUGAAUUGACACAGAGCUAAUUGUUUGAAGGCAGCUCUCGUGCUGUUAGAUUCCUGCCAACCUGUACGCAUUUUGUGUACCAUGUACGCAGUUUUACAAAAACUUAAUGACCUGAGCAGAGUGUUCAGCUGGCACAAAAUGGUGCUUGGUUAAUACAAUGAUUAUAGGCACAGCAGGACUGGCAAUUUCACAAGGUCAUUAAAGACGGAUGAGAAAACACCCCCUGUACAACCUUAACUGUGAUAAGGAUAAUCACCUUUAUUGGCCAAGUAUGUUACACACAAGGAAUUUGUUUCCGGUACAGAACCAAGGUAGCCA